AUGGUUGAAGGAAUAAGCCAAGAACAUGGGGACCAGGACACGGUGCUGGGGCUGAGCUUCCAGGUCCUCCUGGUCUUACAGCUGUUUGCACUCAUAACCUUUGGGGAGGAGGCACGCUGUCUGUCACCGACAUCAUCCGGGGCACACCCAGAGCCCCAGUCCUUGCCGCAGCCCACACAGUGUGCCACAGCAGGCCCUGCUCUCCACAGGGGCAUGGAGAGGAAGAACUUGGGGUGCUGUGAGGCCUCAAAGAAGCUGGGGCUAUCCUUCUCCAUCGAGGCCAUCCUCAAGAGGCCCACAGAGAGGAGGGAUAUGGUCAGAACACAAAGGGCAAGUGGAGAGGACCCCAAGCAGACAGCAGCCACAGGCUCCAGCCUGGUGAGGACCCCACAGGACCAGCCCCAGGAAGAGAGGAAGAGCAAGCGGAGGGUCCGGACCACCUUCACCACCGAGCAGCUGCAGGAGCUGGAGAAGCUCUUCAACUUCACCCACUACCCUGACGUUCACGUCCGCACCCAGCUGGCCGCCAGGAUCAACCUGCCUGAAGCUCGGGUGCAG